AUGGCGGCGACUCCAGCUGUAGGCCGCGGUGAAGGCCGGUCCUCCGCUGCUCGACAGAGAAUCGACGGCGCUUCUGGCGAGAACACAAGUUUCUAUGAAGAGGAUUCUCGCUCGCGCUUUUCUGCUGAGCAAAGACGCGCUCGGGAGUUGCAGGUUUUCCUUUUCGUUCCGAACAUAAUUGGAUACGUGCGCAUCGCGCUGUUGUUCGCGGCUGCAAUCGCGUGGCAGAAAGCGUCCACCUGUCUCUUCUUCUUCUGUUACCUCACGUCGCAGUGCCUUGACGCCGUCGACGGGGAGGCUGCGCGUCGUCUCGGGCAGGUUUCCGUUGUCGGAGCGUGCCUAGAUCAAGUCGUCGAUCGCCUUUCGACGUGUCUAUUGUACAUCCUCAACGCCUCUGUCUACCCUGACUUCGCCUCAGCUUUCUUCCUCGCACUGUUUCUAGACGUGGGAGGCCACUGGGUCCACUUCUUCGCCUCGGCCGUCGUGGGCGCCAAGUCCCACAAAACCAUGGACCCCGAAGUGAAUCCAGUUCUCGCCGUCUACUACCGCUCUCGUCCGGUCAUGUUUUCGGCCAUCCUCGGCUUUGAGGGGUUCUUCAUGUGUCUCCUCCUUCUCUCUGCGCCGCUUGUCCAGUCCUCCUUUUCCUCGCUACAUUGGAUACUUCUUGUUAUCGUCUACGCGACGUCACCCCUGAUGCUCUUCAAGACGCUGACAAAUCUCCUUCAGGGACUGUACGGGGCGAGACGGUUGGUUGCGUGCGACAUUUUUGCUGCGGCCUCGUCGUCCUAG